GACGACAACUCCAUGUUCUUUCAGUUCGGCCCCUCCAUCGAGCAGCAGGCUUCGGUCAUACUCAACAUCAUGGAGGAAUACGACUGGUACAUCUUCUCCAUCGUCACCACCUACUACCCAGGUUACCAGGACUUUGUCACCAAGAUCCGUAGCACCAUUGAGAACAGCUUUGUGGGCUGGGAACUGGAGGAAGUUAUUUUACUCGACAUGUCCGUAGACGACGGAGAUUCAAAGAUCCAGAACCAGCUGAAGAAGCUGCAGAGCCCCGUCAUUCUUCUCUACUGCACAAAAGAGGAGGCCAACACCAUCUUCGAGGUGGCCCACUCUGUCGGGAUCACCGGCUACGGCUACACGUGGAUAGUGCCCUCUCUGGUAGCCGGAGACACAAUCGUCGUGCCUGCAGAGUUCCCCACAGGUCUGCUCUCCGUGUCCUACGACGAGUGGGACUACGGCCUCGAGGCCCGUGUCCGCGACGGCGUGGCGAUAAUCACUAUGGCGACCUCCACCAUGAUGAUGGACCGCGGACCUCACACCCUGCUGAAGUCCGAGUGCCACGGAGCCCCUGAAAAGAAGACCCCCAUCUCAGGCAACCCUAACGAAGUGCUCAGGUACCUGAUGAAUGUGACCUUUGAGGGACGUAAUCUGUCGUUCAGUGAGGACGGAUACCAGAUGCACCCCAAGCUGGUCAUCAUUCUGCUCAACAAGGACAGACAGUGGGACCGGGUGGGUAAAUGGGAGAACGGUUCCCUGUCCAUGAAGUACCAUGUGUGGCCUCGCUAUGAACUGUAUGGGGGGGCAGCGACCAGGGAGGAUGACCACCUGUCCAUCGUGACAUUGGAGGAGGCUCCGUUCGUCAUUGUGGAAGACGUGGAUCCGCUUAGUGGGACCUGCAUGAGGAACACUGUGCCCUGCCGGAAACAGAUCAAGACACUCAAUCAGACGAAGGAGUCGGGGAUCUACAUCAAGCGCUGCUGUAAAGGUUUCUGCAUCGACAUCUUGAAGAAGAUCGCCAAGUCGGUCAAGUUCACCUACGACCUUUACCUGGUCACCAACGGCAAACAUGGCAAGAAGAUCAAUGGGACGUGGAACGGCAUGGUGGGGGAGGUGGUGUUAAAAAACGCGCACAUGGCCGUGGGCUCUUUGACCAUCAACGAGGAGAGGUCAGAGGUCAUCGACUUUUCCGUCCCCUUCAUCGAGACGGGCAUCAGUGUGAUGGUCUCCCGUAGCAACGGCACUGUUUCACCCUCGGCCUUCUUAGAGCCCUUCAGUGCGGAUGUGUGGGUGAUGAUGUUUGUGAUGCUGUUGCUGGUGUCAGCGAUGGCUGUGUUUAUAUUCGAGUACUUCAGCCCUGUGGGCUACAACCGCUGUCUGGCUGACGGCAGAGAGCCUCACGGUCCAUCCUUCACCAUCGGUAAGGCCAUCUGGCUGCUGUGGGGUCUGGUCUUCAACAACUCUGUGCCCGUGCAGAACCCCAAAGGCACCACCAGUAAGAUCAUGGUGUCAGUGUGGGCCUUCUUCGCUGUCAUCUUCCUGGCCUCUUACACUGCCAACCUGGCCGCCUUCAUGAUCCAGGAGGAGUACGUUGACCAGGUGACUGGUCUCUCCGACAAAAAGUUCCAGAGCCCCAACGACUUCUCGCCUCCGUUUCGGUUCGGCACCGUCCCGAACGGGAGCACAGAGAGGAACAUCAGGAACAACUAUCCAGAGAUGCACUCCUACAUGACCAAGUUCCACCAGAGAAACGUGAACGAGGCUCUGCAGAGCCUCAAGGCUGGCAAACUAGACGCUUUCAUUUAUGACGCAGCCGUGCUCAACUACAUGGCCGGCAGGGACGAGGGCUGCAAGCUGGUGACCAUUGGCAGCGGCUACAUCUUCGCCACCACGGGGUACGGCAUCGCCAUCCAGAAGGAGUCGCUCUGGAAGAGACACGUGGACCUGGCCAUCCUGCAGCUUUUUGGAGACGGUGAGAUGGAGGAGCUGGAGUCCCUUUGGCUGACGGGGAUCUGCCACCACGAGAAGAACGAGGUGAUGUCCAGCCAGCUGGACGUGGACAACAUGGCCGGCGUCUUCUACAUGCUCGGUGCCGCCAUGGCUCUGUCCCUCAUCACCUUUAUCUGUGAACACUGGUUCUACUGGCAGCUUCGCUUCUGCUUCAUGGGCGUCUGCUCCGGCCAGCCUGGCUUCGUCUUCAGCAUUAGCAGG